CAUUUGAUAACGUGCUAAAUGUGCACUUUCCGCGUGCGAGAGCGAGCGUCCGCAUCCGCAGCCUUACACCGGCUGCGCCAGUCGCACGUUGCCCGAUGACGGACGCGCAUGGGGUGACAAUUAACGUGUCUCCGACAGCGAUACGAUAUUCCGGGGACAUCACGAUAUCGCGAAGACUAUCGAUGCGAGCAAAUCAGUGUCGAUGAACGAGACAGCGGAUGCUGCGACGGUAUAAUGGCAUCCAGAAAGCCGACAAAAUACGACGACUCGUAAAAAUCACAAAAUGGAACUGCGUAAAAGCUCUUGGAAGAUCUUAAUCCUCGUUUGCGCCUUGGCCAUCUAUCUGUGGAUGCUCCUCGUCGAUCAUUCGCACAUGCUAGCCGACAUAUCGCAGAAAAUCAGUCUGCAGAAGACGCGGAUUUCCGUGUCCGCGAAAAAUAUUCUAUACCAAAGUCUCGAUCAAUCGAAGCUCGAAGAUAUAUCUCUGAAUGAUCGAACAGAUUCGAACUCGAAGAAAGUGCAAUCGUUGUCGCUUCAGAAUUCGAGCGAUGUACUUAAAGGAAGUAUAUUGAAAUAUCAGACAUUUAAGCAACAAAAUCUAAUACCAAGCCGACAAUUGCCGACCGCUCUGAUAAUCGGGGUAAAGAAAGGGGGAACGAGAGCCCUUUUAGAAUUCCUAAGAUUGCAUCCGGCGAUUCGCGCUGCCGGUUCGGAGGUCCACUUCUUUGAUCACCAUUAUAUUAAAGGAUUUCGUUGGUACAGACGCAGAAUGCCCCCGACUCUAACCGGUCAAAUCACCAUGGAAAAGACACCGUCGUAUUUCGUGACAAGCGAGGUGCCAAAAAGGGUCAAGCACAUGAACCCGGGAAUGAAACUAAUCGUCGUGGUGAGGGACCCUGUAACGCGGGCGAUCUCCGAUUAUACCCAGGUGAAGAGCAAGCGCCGCAAAAUGCCGCGGUUCGAGGAUCUGGCCUUUUUGAACGGAUCAAGGAUCGUGGACACUUCCUGGGUGCCACUGAAAAUCGGGGUUUACGUGCGGCAUCUGGAAAGAUGGUUGCAGUAUUUCCCGUUGUCGCAGUUCUUAUUCGUAUCAGGCGAACGUCUGAUCGCUGAUCCGGUGAUGGAGAUCACCCGGGUACAGGACUUCCUUGGUCUGAAGCGAGUGAUAUGCGAAAAACACUUUUACUUCAACGCCACCAAAGGUUUCCCUUGCUUGCUCAAGUCAGAGGAUCGUGCAACACCCCACUGUCUCGGAAAGAACAAAGGACGUAGUCAUCCCUAUAUCGAUCCCAUGGCAAUUCAACGUUUACGAGAUUUUUAUCGGCCAUUCAAUCAGCACUUCUAUCAAUUGGCGGGUAUGGAUUUCGGCUGGUAUUAAAAAUUCACAUUAUCGUAUACAUACAUAUCGUAAACAAGAAACGGAGUCAAUUUGCAUUAUAUAUCUCAAAUAUUUACAGUAUUUGUCACACUUGAAUUUAUCUUAUCUCUGAUAAAAAUCAUAUCAGAACGCGCGAUUAAUUUAUAUUUGCACAAAAUUUUUCUUCAAAUU